GCACCAGAGUUCAAGACCAUGCCCAGGCCAAGCAGAAACCAUGAUGGAUAUAGGUACCAGAGCUAUCUUUGGCGAGGAGCAUGACAUGUUCCGGACAACUGCACGUAGGUUCUUCCAGGAAGAGGUAGCACCCAAUCAGGAUAGGUAUGAGAAGCAGAGACAUGUUGAUAGGGAGAUUUGGGAGAAGAUGGGUGCUGCUGGCAUGCUAGGUGUUGCUAUUCCAGCAGAAAAAGGUGGGGUUGGUGGAGAUCUUCUUAUGACUGCAAUCACAUGGGAGGAGCAAGCCUAUGUGAACGGAGCUGGCACAUCAUUUCCACUACACAGUGACAUUGUUAUGCCAUACAUUGCAGAGUAUGGUACCCAGGAGCAGAUUGAGAAGUUUCUUCCAGAUAUGGCAGCAGGAAAGAAAGUUGGGGCUAUUGCUAUGACAGAACCAAGUGCAGGAAGUGACUUACAGGGAAUCAAAACCAUUGCAAAGAAGGAUGGAGAUGACUAUAUCCUCAAUGGAAGUAAGGUUUUCAUCACAAAUGGUUUCCUGUCUGAUGUGGUUGUAGUGGUAGCAAUCACAGACCUGAGUGCUCAGAAGAAGGCCCAUGGAAUUGGCUUGUUCUUGGUCGAGGAGGGCAUGCCAGGAUUCACUAAGGGUAGGCCCUUGGAGAAAGUUGGACAAAAGGCUGUGGUAAGUCAUCUAACUUGGAAGGUGUAGCAGAUGUCUAUUCUUUAGACACCUAGCACAGUGCCAGAUUUUGGAGAUUUCAAGUUCAGGGGGAAUUGGGGUACAUGUAGCUAGACACAACCAUUGUCCGAGUGAAGAGUAUAAGAAAGUGUGCUACUAGCGAGAACUAAGACCUGAAAUUGUGUUAUGUUUUUGGCUGGCAUUUGUAAUAGCUGCCCUCAGCUGGCUUGCACAAAUAUAAACAUAGAGGGCAAUCAUCACUUUUUCUCAGAGUUAUUAACAGACAGAGUGGCGACACGCGCACUGAAAACAGGAUACGGGCGGUCAAAGGUCAGCCAUGGGGGGCUGAUUAGUUCCCUCUGCGCACAUGCAAUGAUUUGGCAAUCCUCGCUAUUUUUAUUCCCGUUUUAUUAUUUCUGAUUAAUUUAUUUUCGGCAAACUAGCCUAGGUCCUGAAGAAAUAAUAAUCGAGUCUAAUUUGUACUGCAUGCAAUUGCUGAGAAUACUAUGUAAUUUCUCCUCUUUGGUUUAGAGCUUGAUGAUGGAUCCCCUUUAACAUUUUGGUUUGUCUGGCAUAUUUAUUAAAGAUCAAUUCCAUUUUUUUUAUUGAAAAUUAAUGUUGAAGAAUUAUAAAGGUUUGAUUUACUCAAUCUAUGAAUAAAGAAUGGAAAUAUGGAAAAAAAUAGGCAACUUAGAAAUAUGGGAACACGAAAAAUCAACAAGGUGAUGCUAAAGAUAUAAUAUGGAGUGGAAAACUCUGGGGAGGGGGCAGGGAAAUUUUCUACUUCUGAAACACUGCAUUGAAUUUUUGUAGUCACAACGACGCGGUAUUGUACAAGGAUAAUAAACAAGAAGCAAAGUAUAGUGAUCACAAAAUAUAUAAGAAAAGCAUAUAUUUUGACUUUAUAUAUUUUAUCAAAAGUUAGAGCAUAAUUUAAUGUAGUCCCCUGAAAAAAUAUGGGUUAUUAUACCUGUGGUGAUUUAGGGGGUAGGGCUCAGGUGGCACCUCCUACCUCAACAAUUUUCACUGACUGUCAAUCAAUUGGAAAUAGGAGCAUUGUACUCAGAUCGAAUUUCACGUCUUAAAGUGAUCUCGAAUAAUUUCAACGUACAGUCUGAAUAUUAAAAUUUAACCAACCUGUUAAAGGAUUUGUAAUCAGAUGGGCCGGCAAACUUGCCCUUUUUAUGUCACAUUAAAAUUAACCAUUUAUCUUUGUUUUUAUAACAAAAAGGGGAAUUUUACUGAUGAAUUAUUUCUUGUUUUUUUGUUGUUACCAUUAUUAUGACGAUCAUCAUAGUCACAAUUGAUUAUUAUCAUUGAAAUCAUUAUUUUUAUUAUGAUCAUCAUUGACAUCGUUAUAAUUACCAUCAUUAUCAGGGCGGCAAACGUCAUACUUUCUUUCUUCUUCUUUAAGUAAAAAAGUUGUGGCGGUUGUUGCCCCCACCCCCCCCCCCCUUGGCGAUGCCCUUGAUCAGCACUAGUAUAUUUUUAAUAGGAGGCAAAGGAUCCAAGCGUUAUAACUUUUUACCAAACAAAAAAUAAGGGGUAUAUUUUAUAGAGUGACAAUACCCAUACAAUCGGACACCGUACUAAUUCCCUUCGAUUUUCUCUUCUUUGUUUGAAUGAUUUCAAUAAAAAAGUAGGGGGUUAUCGCCUUUCAACCCGUGGCGCCCGAUCAUCAUUAUCAUAUCUUGUAAAUAUUUGAAGAAAUGUAAUUUAUACUUGUUUCUAUCCUAACUUUCAUCAGCGUCCGCCAUGUUUUUAUUAUAAGUGAAAUGAUGUAGGCUUAUUCUUAAAUUAUUGUCUAUUUAAAAAUUUUAAAUGCUGAUUAUUUUCCUUUUAUUUUCGGCACUUUUCGAUCUUCCUAGUAAAAGCAAUUUCAUUUGAUUAUAAAUUCGCGAAUUGACAAUGACGUCAAAUUAAAAAAAAUGUCAAUAAUCUUUUAGUUUUGAAUGUACAUGUUUAUUAGUACUACCCCUCCCUGUAUCACUCUCUUUGCUUCUCUCAUCUCUGGGUCUCUCUCUCUCUAUUUCAUUCUCCGAUGUCUCUCUUCCUUUCUCUUGUUUAGUGU